AUGUGCGCUACACCUGUAGACACCACAUGCCUGCAGCUGGCAUGGGCGCUGGUCGCGCUGUGUGGGUACGAGGGGCUGGUAGGGGCGCCUGUGCGAGGGGCUGCUAGGGGCGCCUUGCACGUGUCUCAUCUGCCCUCUCUCGCCCCUCCCCACACUGCUUCUCUCAUCCCACCAGCAUCAGGCACGCCCAUCGACGCCACGUGCCUGCAGGUGGCAGGAGCGCUGGAUGCUCUGUGCUUGUACGAGGGGCCGCUGGGGGCGCACGUUGAGCAGGGGGGGGGCGGUGGAAGUGGCACUGUGAGCAUUCACGUGUGGGCGCCCACUGCUCAGGUGCGCUGGCCGCUAAGUCAACACUCAAGGCUCAGCCCAUGGAGAGGAGCAGCUCUUUCCGCCCCUCCCGUACACCUCCUCACCUGCAACCUCUCCUGCAACCUCUCCUGCAACCUCUCCUGCAACCUCUCCUGCAACCUCUCCUGCAACCUCUCCUGCAACCUCUCCUGCAACCUCACCUGCAACCUCUCCUGCAACCUCUCCUGCAACCUCUCCUGCAACCUCUCCUGCAACCUCUCCUGCAACCUCUCCUGCAACCUCUCCUGCAACCUCACCUGCAACCUCUCCUGCAACCUCUCCUGCAACCUCACCUGCAACCUCUCCUGCAACCUCUCCUGCAACCUCACCUGCAACCUCUCCUGCAACCUCUCCUGCAACCUCACCUGCAACCUCUCCUGCAACCUCACCUGCAACCUCUCCUGCAACCUCUCCUGCUUUCCUCUCCUGCUUUCCUCUCCUGCAACCUCUCCUGCUUUCCUCUCCUGCUUUCCUCUCCUGCUCGCCUCCCCUUUUAACCUUCUCAUCGCUCUCCCUUCAGGGGGUCACACUGCUACUGUUCAACCAACCACAUGCAUUCCGCCCUGUGACUCGCCAGCCAAUGGCGCAGUGACGAGGAGGUCACAUGCCUUCCCCACCUCUCUUCACGCCCCUCCCAUGCACCUCCUCGCGCUCUUCCUCAACCCGUCUCCCCUUCAGGAGGUCACGCUACUGCUGUACUAUCAGUACGAGAUCCGGGUCUUCCAUCCCUCCACCAAUAGAAUCGAGACAUGUGUCACCACCGACCCUUACUCCCGCGGUCUCUCGGCCAAUGGAGAGCGCUCAUUGGUGGUCGACCUGAGUGAUGCCGCAUUGGCGCCGCCUGAUUGGUCCACCUUGCAUGAGCGGAAGCCGCCUCUGCAGUCGUUUUCAGACGUGUCCAUCUACGAGCUGCACAUCCGUGACUUCAGUGCAUCGGACCCCUCAGUGCCAGAGCCCCACCGCGGAACGUAUCUCGCCUUCACCCACCCCCAGUCACAGGGCGCGCAGCAUCUGACACAGCUGGCGGCCAGCGGGCUCACCCACCUGCAUCUGCUGCCAGUCUACGACUUCGGCUCUGUCAACGAGGACAAGACCACCUGGCAAUCUGUCGAUGAGCCCUCCCUCAGGAGCUACCCGCCUGACUCGGACCGGCAGCAGGCGGCUGUAGCAGCCGUGAAGGAUGUCGACGCGUACAACUGGGGGUACGACCCGGUGCACUGGGGAGUGCCGGAUGGCAGCUACGCCACUCACGCUGAUGGCGCUGCUCGCACGCUUGAGUUCCGCUCCAUGGUGCAGGCAGUGAAUGGCAUGGGGUUGAGGGUGGUGCUGGAUGUGGUCUACAACCACCUCUACGCCAGUGGCCCGCACAGCCCCUUCUCCGUCCUCGAUAAGGUGGUACCGGGUUACUAUGUGCGGAGGGACAUGGAGGGGCGGGUGGAGAGCAGUGCAUGCUGCAACAACACGGCGAGCGAGCAUGCGAUGGUGGAGAGGCUGAUAGUGGAUGAUGUCAUCAUGUGGGCCACGCAGUACAAGGUGGAUGGGUUCCGGUUCGACCUCAUGGGGCACCUCAUGAAGCAUACCAUGGUGAGUGCUGCUGUGAUUAGCACACAGCAUGUUUUCUCAUCGUUUUCCUACGCCCCUGCACUCCCUGCAAUGGCACAUCCACACACACACACCAGGUAUGGUGAGGGGUGGGACUUUGGCGAGGUGGCGAAUAAUGGCCGCGGGGUGAACGGAGCUCAGGCCAACCUGCAUGGCACAGGCAUCGGCAGUUUCAACGAUCGGUUCCGCGAUGCAGUGCUUGGGGGGUCGCCCUUUGGCAAUCCACUGCAGCAGGGCUUCGCCUCGGGCCUCCUGCUGCUCGUCUGUGCUCCAUGCCCCAUAUCCCCACGUCCCUCCCUGUCGCUUCCUCUUCAAAGCCGCUUCCAUCGUUUCGCAUUGCUUUCAGGUGCGUGGAGCAGUGCAGGUGCGUGGAGCAGUGCAGGUGCGUGGAGCAGUGCAGGUGCGUGGAGCAGUGCAGGUGCGUGGAGCAGUGCAGGUGCGUGGAGCAGUGCAGGUGCGUGGAGCAGUGCAGGUGCGUGGAGCAGUGCAGGUGCGUGGAGCAGUGCAGGUGCGUGGAGCAGUGCAGGUGCGUGGAGCAGUGCAGGUGCGUGGAGCAGUGCAGGUGCGUGGAGCAGUGCAGGUGCGUGGAGCAGUGCAGGUGCGUGGAGCAGUGCAGGUGCGUGGAGCAGUGCAGGUGCGUGGAGCAGUGCAGGUGCGUGGAGCAGUGCAGGUGCGUGGAGCAGUGCAGGUGCGUGGAGCAGUGCAGGUGCGUGGAGCAGUGCAGGUGCGUGGAGCAGUGCAGGUGCGUGGAGCAGUGCAGGUGCGUGGAGCAGUGCAGGUGCGUGGAGCAGUGCAGGUGCGUGGAGCAGUGCAGGUGCGUGGAGCAGUGCAGGUGCGUGGAGCAGUGCAGGUGCGUGGAGCAGUGCAGGUGCGUGGAGCAGUGCAGGUGCGUGGAGCAGUGCAGGUGCGUGGAGCAGUGCAGGUGCGUGGAGCAGUGCAGGUGCGUGGAGCAGUGCAGGUGCGUGGAGCAGUGCAGGUGCGUGGAGCAGUGCAGGUGCGUGGAGCAGUGCAGGUGCGUGGAGCAGUGCAGGUGCGUGGAGCAGUGCAGGUGCGUGGAGCAGUGCAGGUGCGUGGAGCAGUGCAGGUGCGUGGAGCAGUGCAGGUGCGUGGAGCAGUGCAGGUGCGUGGAGCAGUGCAGGUGCGUGGAGCAGUGCAGGUGCGUGGAGCAGUGCAGGUGCGUGGAGCAGUGCAGGUGCGUGGAGCAGUGCAGGUGCGUGGAGCAGUGCAGGUGCGUGGAGCAGUGCAGGUGCGUGGAGCAGUGCAGGUGCGUGGAGCAGUGCAGGUGCGUGGAGCAGUGCAGGUGCGUGGAGCAGUGCAGGUGCGUGGAGCAGUGCAGGUGCGUGGAGCAGUGCAGGUGCGUGGAGCAGUGCAGGUGCGUGGAGCAGUGCAGGUGCGUGGAGCAGUGCAGGUGCGUGGAGCAGUGCAGGUGCGUGGAGCAGUGCAGGUGCGUGGAGCAGUGCAGGUGCGUGGAGCAGUGCAGGUGCGUGGAGCAGUGCAGGUGCGUGGAGCAGUGCAGGUGCGUGGAGCAGUGCAGGUGCGUGGAGCAGUGCAGGUGCGUGGAGCAGUGCAGGUGCGUGGAGCAGUGCAGGUGCGUGGAGCAGUGCAGGUGCGUGGAGCAGUGCAGGUGCGUGGAGCAGUGCAGGUGCGUGGAGCAGUGCAGGUGCGUGGAGCAGUGCAGGUGCGUGGAGCAGUGCAGGUGCGUGGAGCAGUGCAGGUGCGUGGAGCAGUGCAGGUGCGUGGAGCAGUGCAGGUGCGUGGAGCAGUGCAGGUGCGUGGAGCAGUGCAGGUGCGUGGAGCAGUGCAGGUGCGUGGAGCAGUGCAGGUGCGUGGAGCAGUGCAGGUGCGUGGAGCAGUGCAGGUGCGUGGAGCAGUGCAGGUGCGUGGAGCAGUGCAGGUGCGUGGAGCAGUGCAGGUGCGUGGAGCAGUGCAGGUGCGUGGAGCAGUGCAGGUGCGUGGAGCAGUGCAGGUGCGUGGAGCAGUGCAGGUGCGUGGAGCAGUGCAGGUGCGUGGAGCAGUGCAGGUGCGUGGAGCAGUGCAGGUGCGUGGAGCAGUGCAGGUGCGUGGAGCAGUGCAGGUGCGUGGAGCAGUGCAGGUGCGUGGAGCAGUGCAGGUGCGUGGAGCAGUGCAGGUGCGUGGAGCAGUGCAGGUGCGUGGAGCAGUGCAGGUGCGUGGAGCAGUGCAGGUGCGUGGAGCAGUGCAGGUGCGUGGAGCAGUGCAGGUGCGUGGAGCAGUGCAGGUGCGUGGAGCAGUGCAGGUGCGUGGAGCAGUGCAGGUGCGUGGAGCAGUGCAGGUGCGUGGAGCAGUGCAGGUGCGUGGAGCAGUGCAGGUGCGUGGAGCAGUGCAGGUGCGUGGAGCAGUGCAGGUGCGUGGAGCAGUGCAGGUGCGUGGAGCAGUGCAGGUGCGUGGAGCAGUGCAGGUGCGUGGAGCAGUGCAGGUGCGUGGAGCAGUGCAGGUGCGUGGAGCAGUGCAGGUGCGUGGAGCAGUGCAGGUGCGUGGAGCAGUGCAGGUGCGUGGAGCAGUGCAGGUGCGUGGAGCAGUGCAGGUGCGUGGAGCAGUGCAGGUGCGUGGAGCAGUGCAGGUGCGUGGAGCAGUGCAGGUGCGUGGAGCAGUGCAGGUGCGUGGAGCAGUGCAGGUGCGUGGAGCAGUGCAGGUGCGUGGAGCAGUGCAGGUGCGUGGAGCAGUGCAGGUGCGUGGAGCAGUGCAGGUGCGUGGAGCAGUGCAGGUGCGUGGAGCAGUGCAGGUGCGUGGAGCAGUGCAGGUGCGUGGAGCAGUGCAGGUGCGUGGAGCAGUGCAGGUGCGUGGAGCAGUGCAGGUGCGUGGAGCAGUGCAGGUGCGUGGAGCAGUGCAGGUGCGUGGAGCAGUGCAGGUGCGUGGAGCAGUGCAGGUGCGUGGAGCAGUGCAGGUGCGUGGAGCAGUGCAGGUGCGUGGAGCAGUGCAGGUGCGUGGAGCAGUGCAGGUGCGUGGAGCAGUGCAGGUGCGUGGAGCAGUGCAGGUGCGUGGAGCAGUGCAGGUGCGUGGAGCAGUGCAGGUGCGUGGAGCAGUGCAGGUGCGUGGAGCAGUGCAGGUGCGUGGAGCAGUGCAGGUGCGUGGAGCAGUGCAGGUGCGUGGAGCAGUGCAGGUGCGUGGAGCAGUGCAGGUGCGUGGAGCAGUGCAGGUGCGUGGAGCAGUGCAGGUGCGUGGAGCAGUGCAGGUGCGUGGAGCAGUGCAGGUGCGUGGAGCAGUGCAGGUGCGUGGAGCAGUGCAGGUGCGUGGAGCAGUGCAGGUGCGUGGAGCAGUGCAGGUGCGUGGAGCAGUGCAGGUGCGUGGAGCAGUGCAGGUGCGUGGAGCAGUGCAGGUGCGUGGAGCAGUGCAGGUGCGUGGAGCAGUGCAGGUGCGUGGAGCAGUGCAGGUGCGUGGAGCAGUGCAGGUGCGUGGAGCAGUGCAGGUGCGUGGAGCAGUGCAGGUGCGUGGAGCAGUGCAGGUGCGUGGAGCAGUGCAGGUGCGUGGAGCAGUGCAGGUGCGUGGAGCAGUGCAGGUGCGUGGAGCAGUGCAGGUGCGUGGAGCAGUGCAGGUGCGUGGAGCAGUGCAGGUGCGUGGAGCAGUGCAGGUGCGUGGAGCAGUGCAGGUGCGUGGAGCAGUGCAGGUGCGUGGAGCAGUGCAGGUGCGUGGAGCAGUGCAGGUGCGUGGAGCAGUGCAGGUGCGUGGAGCAGUGCAGGUGCGUGGAGCAGUGCAGGUGCGUGGAGCAGUGCAGGUGCGUGGAGCAGUGCAGGUGCGUGGAGCAGUGCAGGUGCGUGGAGCAGUGCAGGUGCGUGGAGCAGUGCAGGUGCGUGGAGCAGUGCAGGUGCGUGGAGCAGUGCAGGUGCGUGGAGCAGUGCAGGUGCGUGGAGCAGUGCAGGUGCGUGGAGCAGUGCAGGUGCGUGGAGCAGUGCAGGUGCGUGGAGCAGUGCAGGUGCGUGGAGCAGUGCAGGUGCGUGGAGCAGUGCAGGUGCGUGGAGCAGUGCAGGUGCGUGGAGCAGUGCAGGUGCGUGGAGCAGUGCAGGUGCGUGGAGCAGUGCAGGUGCGUGGAGCAGUGCAGGUGCGUGGAGCAGUGCAGGUGCGUGGAGCAGUGCAGGUGCGUGGAGCAGUGCAGGUGCGUGGAGCAGUGCAGGUGCGUGGAGCAGUGCAGGUGCGUGGAGCAGUGCAGGUGCGUGGAGCAGUGCAGGUGCGUGGAGCAGUGCAGGUGCGUGGAGCAGUGCAGGUGCGUGGAGCAGUGCAGGUGCGUGGAGCAGUGCAGGUGCGUGGAGCAGUGCAGGUGCGUGGAGCAGUGCAGGUGCGUGGAGCAGUGCAGGUGCGUGGAGCAGUGCAGGUGCGUGGAGCAGUGCAGGUGCGUGGAGCAGUGCAGGUGCGUGGAGCAGUGCAGGUGCGUGGAGCAGUGCAGGUGCGUGGAGCAGUGCAGGUGCGUGGAGCAGUGCAGGUGCGUGGAGCAGUGCAGGUGCGUGGAGCAGUGCAGGUGCGUGGAGCAGUGCAGGUGCGUGGAGCAGUGCAGGUGCGUGGAGCAGUGCAGGUGCGUGGAGCAGUGCAGGUGCGUGGAGCAGUGCAGGUGCGUGGAGCAGUGCAGGUGCGUGGAGCAGUGCAGGUGCGUGGAGCAGUGCAGGUGCGUGGAGCAGUGCAGGUGCGUGGAGCAGUGCAGGUGCGUGGAGCAGUGCAGGUGCGUGGAGCAGUGCAGGUGCGUGGAGCAGUGCAGGUGCGUGGAGCAGUGCAGGUGCGUGGAGCAGUGCAGGUGCGUGGAGCAGUGCAGGUGCGUGGAGCAGUGCAGGUGCGUGGAGCAGUGCAGGUGCGUGGAGCAGUGCAGGUGCGUGGAGCAGUGCAGGUGCGUGGAGCAGUGCAGGUGCGUGGAGCAGUGCAGGUGCGUGGAGCAGUGCAGGUGCGUGGAGCAGUGCAGGUGCGUGGAGCAGUGCAGGUGCGUGGAGCAGUGCAGGUGCGUGGAGCAGUGCAGGUGCGUGGAGCAGUGCAGGUGCGUGGAGCAGUGCAGGUGCGUGGAGCAGUGCAGGUGCGUGGAGCAGUGCAGGUGCGUGGAGCAGUGCAGGUGCGUGGAGCAGUGCAGGUGCGUGGAGCAGUGCAGGUGCGUGGAGCAGUGCAGGUGCGUGGAGCAGUGCAGGUGCGUGGAGCAGUGCAGGUGCGUGGAGCAGUGCAGGUGCGUGGAGCAGUGCAGGUGCGUGGAGCAGUGCAGGUGCGUGGAGCAGUGCAGGUGCGUGGAGCAGUGCAGGUGCGUGGAGCAGUGCAGGUGCGCUGAGCAGUGCAGGUGCGUGGAGCAGUGCAGGUGCGUGGAGCAGUGCAGGUGCGUGGAGCAGUGCAGGUGCGUGGAGCAGUGCAGGUGCGUGGAGCAGUGCAGGUGCGUGGAGCAGUGCAGGUGCGUGGAGCAGUGCAGGUGCGUGGAGCAGUGCAGGUGCGUGGAGCAGUGCAGGUGCGUGGAGCAGUGCAGGUGCGUGGAGCAGUGCAGGUGCGUGGAGCAGUGCAGGUGCGUGGAGCAGUGCAGGUGCGUGGAGCAGUGCAGGUGCGUGGAGCAGUGCAGGUGCGUGGAGCAGUGCAGGUGCGUGGAGCAGUGCAGGUGCGUGGAGCAGUGCAGGUGCGUGGAGCAGUGCAGGUGCGUGGAGCAGUGCAGGUGCGUGGAGCAGUGCAGGUGCGUGGAGCAGUGCAGGUGCGUGGAGCAGUGCAGGUGCGUGGAGCAGUGCAGGUGCGUGGAGCAGUGCAGGUGCGUGGAGCAGUGCAGGUGCGUGGAGCAGUGCAGGUGCGUGGAGCAGUGCAGGUGCGUGGAGCAGUGCAGGUGCGUGGAGCAGUGCAGGUGCGUGGAGCAGUGCAGGUGCGUGGAGCAGUGCAGGUGCGUGGAGCAGUGCAGGUGCGUGGAGCAGUGCAGGUGCGUGGAGCAGUGCAGGUGCGUGGAGCAGUGCAGGUGCGUGGAGCAGUGCAGGUGCGUGGAGCAGUGCAGGUGCGUGGAGCAGUGCAGGUGCGUGGAGCAGUGCAGGUGCGUGGAGCAGUGCAGGUGCGUGGAGCAGUGCAGGUGCGUGGAGCAGUGCAGGUGCGUGGAGCAGUGCAGGUGCGUGGAGCAGUGCAGGUGUGUGGAGCAGUGCAGGUGCGCUGAGCAGUGCAGGUGCGUGGAGCAGUGCAGGUGCGUGGAGCAGUGCAGGUGCGUGGAGCAGUGCAGGUGCGUGGAGCAGUGCAGGUGCGUGGAGCAGUGCAGGUGCGUGGAGCAGUGCAGGUGCGUGGAGCAGUGCAGGUGCGUGGAGCAGUGCAGGUGCGUGGAGCAGUGCAGGUGCGUGGAGCAGUGCAGGUGCGUGGAGCAGUGCAGGUGCGUGGAGCAGUGCAGGUGCGUGGAGCAGUGCAGGUGCGUGGAGCAGUGCAGGUGCGUGGAGCAGUGCAGGUGCGUGGAGCAGUGCAGGUGCGUGGAGCAGUGCAGGUGCGUGGAGCAGUGCAGGUGCGUGGAGCAGUGCAGGUGCGUGGAGCAGUGCAGGUGCGUGGAGCAGUGCAGGUGCGUGGAGCAGUGCAGGCGUGUGGAGCAGUGCAGGUGCGUGGAGCAGUGCAGGUGCGUGGAGCAGUGCAGGUGCGUGGAGCAGUGCAGGUGCGUGGAGCAGUGCAGGUGCGUGGAGCAGUGCAGGUGCGUGGAGCAGUGCAGGUGCGUGGAGCAGUGCAGGUGCGUGGAGCAGUGCAGGUGCGUGGAGCAGUGCAGGUGCGUGGAGCAGUGCAGGUGCGUGGAGCAGUGCAGGUGCGUGGAGCAGUGCAGGUGCGUGGAGCAGUGCAGGUGCGUGGAGCAGUGCAGGUGCGUGGAGCAGUGCAGGUGCGUGGAGCAGUGCAGGUGCGUGGAGCAGUGCAGGUGCGUGGAGCAGUGCAGGUGCGUGGAGCAGUGCAGGUGCGUGGAGCAGUGCAGGUGCGUGGAGCAGUGCAGGUGCGUGGAGCAGUGCAGGUGCGUGGAGCAGUGCAGGUGCGUGGAGCAGUGCAGGUGCGUGGAGCAGUGCAGGUGCGUGGAGCAGUGCAGGUGCGUGGAGCAGUGCAGGUGCGUGGAGCAGUGCAGGUGCGUGGAGCAGUGCAGGUGCGUGGAGCAGUGCAGGUGCGUGGAGCAGUGCAGGUGCGUGGAGCAGUGCAGGUGCGUGGAGCAGUGCAGGUGCGUGGAGCAGUGCAGGUGCGUGGAGCAGUGCAGGUGCGUGGAGCAGUGCAGGUGCGUGGAGCAGUGCAGGUGCGUGGAGCAGUGCAGGUGCGUGGAGCAGUGCAGGUGCGUGGAGCAGUGCAGGUGCGUGGAGCAGUGCAGGUGCGUGGAGCAGUGCAGGUGCGUGGAGCAGUGCAGGUGCGUGGAGCAGUGCAGGUGCGUGGAGCAGUGCAGGUGCGUGGAGCAGUGCAGGUGCGUGGAGCAGUGCAGGUGCGUGGAGCAGUGCAGGUGCGUGGAGCAGUGCAGGUGCGUGGAGCAGUGCAGGUGCGUGGAGCAGUGCAGGUGCGUGGAGCAGUGCAGGUGCGUGGAGCAGUGCAGGUGCGUGGAGCAGUGCAGGUGCGUGGAGCAGUGCAGGUGCGUGGAGCAGUGCAGGUGCGUGGAGCAGUGCAGGUGCGUGGAGCAGUGCAGGUGCGUGGAGCAGUGCAGGUGCGUGGAGCAGUGCAGGUGCGUGGAGCAGUGCAGGUGCGUGGAGCAGUGCAGGUGCGUGGAGCAGUGCAGGUGCGUGGAGCAGUGCAGGUGCGUGGAGCAGUGCAGGUGCGUGGAGCAGUGCAGGUGCGUGGAGCAGUGCAGGUGCGUGGAGCAGUGCAGGUGCGUGGAGCAGUGCAGGUGCGUGGAGCAGUGCAGGUGCGUGGAGCAGUGCAGGUGCGUGGAGCAGUGCAGGUGCGUGGAGCAGUGCAGGUGCGUGGAGCAGUGCAGGUGCGUGGAGCAGUGCAGGUGCGUGGAGCAGUGCAGGUGCGUGGAGCAGUGCAGGUGCGUGGAGCAGUGCAGGUGCGUGGAGCAGUGCAGGUGCGUGGAGCAGUGCAGGUGCGUGGAGCAGUGCAGGUGCGUGGAGCAGUGCAGGUGCGUGGAGCAGUGCAGGUGCGUGGAGCAGUGCAGGUGCGUGGAGCAGUGCAGGUGCGUGGAGCAGUGCAGGUGCGUGGAGCAGUGCAGGUGCGUGGAGCAGUGCAGGUGCGUGGAGCAGUGCAGGUGCGUGGAGCAGUGCAGGUGCGUGGAGCAGUGCAGGUGCGUGGAGCAGUGCAGGUGCGUGGAGCAGUGCAGGUGCGUGGAGCAGUGCAGGUGCGUGGAGCAGUGCAGGUGCGUGGAGCAGUGCAGGUGCGUGGAGCAGUGCAGGUGCGUGGAGCAGUGCAGGUGCGUGGAGCAGUGCAGGUGCGUGGAGCAGUGCAGGUGCGUGGAGCAGUGCAGGUGCGUGGAGCAGUGCAGGUGCGUGGAGCAGUGCAGGUGCGUGGAGCAGUGCAGGUGCGUGGAGCAGUGCAGGUGCGUGGAGCAGUGCAGGUGCGUGGAGCAGUGCAGGUGCGUGGAGCAGUGCAGGUGCGUGGAGCAGUGCAGGUGCGUGGAGCAGUGCAGGUGCGUGGAGCAGUGCAGGUGCGUGGAGCAGUGCAGGUGCGUGGAGCAGUGCAGGUGCGUGGAGCAGUGCAGGUGCGUGGAGCAGUGCAGGUGCGUGGAGCAGUGCAGGUGCGUGGAGCAGUGCAGGUGCGUGGAGCAGUGCAGGUGCGUGGAGCAGUGCAGGUGCGUGGAGCAGUGCAGGUGCGUGGAGCAGUGCAGGUGCGUGGAGCAGUGCAGGUGCGUGGAGCAGUGCAGGUGCGUGGAGCAGUGCAGGUGCGUGGAGCAGUGCAGGUGCGUGGAGCAGUGCAGGUGCGUGGAGCAGUGCAGGUGCGUGGAGCAGUGCAGGUGCGUGGAGCAGUGCAGGUGCGUGGAGCAGUGCAGGUGCGUGGAGCAGUGCAGGUGCGUGGAGCAGUGCAGGUGCGUGGAGCAGUGCAGGUGCGUGGAGCAGUGCAGGUGCGUGGAGCAGUGCAGGUGCGUGGAGCAGUGCAGGUGCGUGGAGCAGUGCAGGUGCGUGGAGCAGUGCAGGUGCGUGGAGCAGUGCAGGUGCGUGGAGCAGUGCAGGUGCGUGGAGCAGUGCAGGUGCGUGGAGCAGUGCAGGUGCGUGGAGCAGUGCAGGUGCGUGGAGCAGUGCAGGUGCGUGGAGCAGUGCAGGUGCGUGGAGCAGUGCAGGUGCGUGGAGCAGUGCAGGUGCGUGGAGCAGUGCAGGUGCGUGGAGCAGUGCAGGUGCGUGGAGCAGUGCAGGUGCGUGGAGCAGUGCAGGUGCGUGGAGCAGUGCAGGUGCGUGGAGCAGUGCAGGUGCGUGGAGCAGUGCAGGUGCGUGGAGCAGUGCAGGUGCGUGGAGCAGUGCAGGUGCGUGGAGCAGUGCAGGUGCGUGGAGCAGUGCAGGUGCGUGGAGCAGUGCAGGUGCGUGGAGCAGUGCAGGUGCGUGGAGCAGUGCAGGUGCGUGGAGCAGUGCAGGUGCGUGGAGCAGUGCAGGUGCGUGGAGCAGUGCAGGUGCGUGGAGCAGUGCAGGUGCGUGGAGCAGUGCAGGUGCGUGGAGCAGUGCAGGUGCGUGGAGCAGUGCAGGUGCGUGGAGCAGUGCAGGUGCGUGGAGCAGUGCAGGUGCGUGGAGCAGUGCAGGUGCGUGGAGCAGUGCAGGUGCGUGGAGCAGUGCAGGUGCGUGGAGCAGUGCAGGUGCGUGGAGCAGUGCAGGUGCGUGGAGCAGUGCAGGUGCGUGGAGCAGUGCAGGUGCGUGGAGCAGUGCAGGUGCGUGGAGCAGUGCAGGUGCGUGGAGCAGUGCAGGUGCGUGGAGCAGUGCAGGUGCGUGGAGCAGUGCAGGUGCGUGGAGCAGUGCAGGUGCGUGGAGCAGUGCAGGUGCGUGGAGCAGUGCAGGUGCGUGGAGCAGUGCAGGUGCGUGGAGCAGUGCAGGUGCGUGGAGCAGUGCAGGUGCGUGGAGCAGUGCAGGUGCGUGGAGCAGUGCAGGUGCGUGGAGCAGUGCAGGUGCGUGGAGCAGUGCAGGUGCGUGGAGCAGUGCAGGUGCGUGGAGCAGUGCAGGUGCGUGGAGCAGUGCAGGUGCGUGGAGCAGUGCAGGUGCGUGGAGCAGUGCAGGUGCGUGGAGCAGUGCAGGUGUGUGGAGCAGUGUGGAUGUGAUGGCGGGUAACCUCAGGGGCUUCCCUUCUGACUCACACCCACAUUCUCCCUUCGCACAACCCCUUCCUCUUCCCCUCUGCCUCUCCCGACUGCUGCCCACACAGGUGACGGGAGGGCAGCUGUACACGUUUGGAGGGUCGCCAGUGGCGUAUGCCGCGAGCCCACAUGAAUCGGUGACGUACAUAUCAGCGCAUGACAACGAGACUCUCUUUGACAUCAUCACCAUCAAGGCAGCAGCAUCAGCAACCCCCCAGCAGCGCGUGGCGAUGAACCGAGUGGGCAUGGCGGUGGUGGCGUGGGGGCAGGGCGUGCCCUUCAUCCAUGCGGGCGACGACCUGCUGCGCUCCAAGUCGCUCGACCGCGACUCCUACAACUCAGGCGACUGGUUCAACCGGCUGGACUGGUCGGCCGGCACCACCAACUUUGGCGUGGGGCUGCCCCCGCAUGAGAAGAACGGCGACAAAUGGGACAUGAUGCGUCCACUCCUGGCCAACCAAUCAUUGCGCCCCACGUCAGCAGACAUAGCUGCCAUGUCACGCUACCUGCGCAUGCUGCUGGCUGUGCGCUAUUCCUCGCCGCUGUUCCGCCUUCCCUCACUGGAGCUCAUUCAGGAGAGAGUGCGAUUCCUCAACGUGGGCCGCACAGCGCUGCCAGGGGUGAUAGUAAUGAGUGUGACUGAUGGCGAUGCAGGGUCGGCCAUGGCCCAGCUGGACUCGAGGUUCCGCAUGCUGGUGCUGGUGGUGAGCAUGCAGCCCCAGCUUGCCCACCUGCACCUGCCGUCCCUGCUCUCACGCAACCUUGUUCCGCACCCACUGCAGAUUGCCUUCCCAUUCCAAGCUCAAUCUGCUCCUUCCCUGCACCUUUUCUGCACCCCUCUGCACCGCACUCAGGAGCAGCAUGGCAUGGUCCCAGCAGUGCCAGCAGCAGGCCCCUGGUUCGAAGCAGACACGGCCAUGCUGACUGUGCCACCACUGGCAGCCCUCGCCCUCGUGGAGCUCAGGGAGUGA